CGAGCGCAUAUAACAAACAUAGCGCUGUUUUCUGUUUAGUUUGGUAUCGGCAAGUGAGCGUGUCGCGUCGUUAGUUAUUGGCAACGCCGCACACACAGCAACCAAGAUCGACGAACGAAGCAACGAAACUGUGAUCCCAGCUCUACGAUUGUCAAAUUUACGAUUGUGCCUUUUUGCGCCUAGUGCGUCGAGUGUGUGGUGAAAAGUGUAUUUCGGUCAAUAUGGCUUCCAAUGGCGAUGUGCCGCAAUUAACCUUCGAGGAACGCGAAGAAGUACGCGAAAAAUUUUUUACGAUCGACACAAAUGGUGACGGACAAAUCGACCUUAAGGAACUCAGGGACGCUUUGGAAGUUUGCGGGAUCAAAAUAGCCGGCUAUCAGUCCCGACAAAUCGAGGAGGAAUUCAAAAAAAGCGACAAGUCGAAGGACGGCAAACUGUCGUACACCGAAUUCGAAAAGUUGUGGUCCGAUUUGAAGGCGAAAGAGGUUGCGAAAACAUUCCGUACGGCUGUUUCCAAAAGGGAGAACCUCCAACAUUUAGGGGGAACCUCCCACGCCUCAAACGAAGGCACCACACAUUCCGUGCGAGUUGAGGAACAACUCGCUUUUUCCGAUUGGAUCAACUCAAAUUUGCAGCACGAUCCAGAUUUGAAGGGCUCGUUACCCAUAGAUUCCGAAGGGAAAAAUCUGUAUGAAAAAGUCAAGGAUGGAAUCCUUCUAUGCAAAAUCAUAAAUCAUUCAUGCCCAGACACAAUCGACGAAAGAACCAUCAACAAAGGGCAGUUGACGUUGUACAAAAAGCUGGAAAACCUAACUCUAGCCCUGGCUUCGUCCAGCGCUAUAGGUUGCAAUGUAGUCAACAUAGACGCACACAACUUGUCCAAAGGCACACCCCACUUAGUACUAGGUUUGCUCUGGCAAAUCAUUAGAAUUGGUUUGUUUAACCAAAUUACUUUGGAGCACUGUCCAGGCCUUACAGCCUUGCUGGGCGAAGACGAGAAGAUUGAUGAUCUUCUCAAGUUGUCGCCUGAGGCUAUUUUAAUCAGAUGGGUCAAUUACCAAUUAGAAAGGGCCGGAGUUCACAGACGCGUCAACAACUUUACCAGUGACAUCAUCGAUUCGGAAGUUUACACUUACUUACUAAAGCAAAUCGCACCAAAUGACGCUGGCGUGACUACCGAGGCAAUUCUGGAGAGGGACAACAUCAGCAGGGCUGAAAUCAUGCUGCAACAAGCCGGCAAAUUGGGAUGCAGAGCUUUCGUCACGCCGCAAGAUGUCGUCAGCGGAAACUACAAGCUUAAUCUUGCUUUUGUCGCCAAUUUGUUCAAUAAUCACCCAGCGCUCGAGCAACAAAACGGCACCGCCGAAUACGAAACCGUCGAGGAGACACGCGAAGAAAGAACUUACAGAAACUGGAUAAAUUCGAUGGGUGUGACCCCGUACGUGAACUGGCUGUACUCGGAUCUUGCUGACGGUCUUGUGGUCUUCCAAUUGUACGACAUCAUCAAACCGGGUGUUGUAAACUGGACGAAAGUGACGCGUAAGUUUACAAACGAGCGUAAGAAGUUCAUGGAGAAACUUGAGAAUUGCAACUACGCCGUCCAGUUGGGUAAAGAGGUUAAGUUUUCCUUGGUGGGCAUCGCCGGUCAGGAUAUCAACGAAGGGAAUGUCACUUUGACGCUGGCUCUGGUUUGGCAGCUGAUGAGGGCGUACACUCUGUCGGUUUUGUCGCAAUUGGCCGAGUCGGGAAGUCCUAUAAUUGAGAAAGAAAUUGUUGGGUGGGUUAACAAUAAAUUGAGUGGUGCCGGUAAACAGUCUUCCUUGAGGAGUUUCCAGGACUCUUCCAUUGGUGAUGCUAAAGUUGUAAUCGACUUGAUUGAUGCUAUAAAACCUGGUGCAAUUAACUAUGAUUUAGUUAAGAGUAGCAACACUGAGGAGGAUAAUUUAGCAAAUGCAAAAUACGCCAUAUCAAUGUCACGUAAAGUUGGUGCUAGAGUCUACGCUCUUCCCGAAGAUAUAACCGAAGUAAAACCAAAAAUGGUUAUGACUGUUUUUGCCUGUUUAAUGGCAUUAGACUAUAACCUAAACAUGGAUGGUAACAACCGGCAAUAACUUAAUGUAUAUAACGUAUUUAAAAUUGUAUUAUUUUGUAAUUGACAAAUUGAUUUUAUUUAAAUUUAAUUUUCAUCAUCCCUACAUUCCAAAUCAUUUGUACUAUUUGCUAGUCUGACUUUAUAGUAUUGGUAACAAAAUUCAUUCCUUUUAGGGUUGAGGUGCAAUAAUUGUUUUGUUUAAUUUUUUGGGUUGUAUAAAAUAUUGUGUACAAAUUCCAUUGACCAUUCCACAUUUAAUUUGAUAUAUUUUUUUAAUAUUUUUAGUGAGAUAUUUUAAUGUGCAUAACUUGUUAUUUUAUAAUUGAUUAUUAUAUUUUUAUUUAUUAUACAUUUUACAAUACUGGCUAUUCCAUUAUACCAAAUCAAGUGCCAUUUUUUACAUCGUAAGAUACUUGUGCGUUUACGUAACAAGCUAAUUGUAAUCAUUUAUACUUGUGUAAUUUUACAUACAUUGCUUAAAUAAAUAGUAAAAAAAU